UCCUUGAAGCGUCCCAACACAGCUAUGUCCUCGGUGCAAAGUAGCAGACCAGCAAGCAGCAGCCCAGCUCCACAACAAUCUCCCAAUGUUCCACCACCAUCAGCAGUGAACGGGCAUUCAAGAAACGAAGCAUCAGACGCAGACAGACUUUCGUUGGGAAAUGGAGAGGUGCCAUUUAUCCAAACUCCACAAACGGAUGGUCUAAUGGAAGCGUUGCCGAAGCUUGGUCUGGAAUUGUCACACGUUGUGAUGUUCGUCAAUGCCUAUAAUCAUAAUUGUUCGGUGAGUAGUUAUGAUUAA